AUGCAAUUCUUCCAAACCCUCCUCCCCAUCGCCCUCCUCGCCUCUCUCGGCGCCGCCCGUCCCGCCGACUCCGUCGUCCGCGACUCCGAGGUCUUUGCGCGCGACUCGCUGAAGAGCUGUAUCGGUAAACUUCAAACCCAGUCGCAAUGCACGAACGUCACGACUUCGCCGUUCGCCUGCUGUCCGCCUAUGACGUGUGGCAGUGAUAAGCUGUGCCGGUUCUAA